AGUACUUCUCUUAAUAUAUCCAAUCAUAUAUCUAAAAGCUGCAUAUGUAUUUGGUUACUCAUAAUAAAUAUUUUCAAAGAGCAAAAUGAGGAAUAGUAUGAUGUUUCUUUUCUGCUUUGCUAGCCAAAUGUUGGUGUAUUAUUUCAUACCAUCAACAGCUGCUGCUCUUUCUUUGAGUUCGCAGACUGAUAAGCUUGCUUUGAAGGAAAAGCUCACAAAUGGUGUACCAGACUCUCUUCCAUCAUGGAAUGAGUCUUUACAUUUCUGUGAAUGGCAAGGAGUUACAUGUGGUCGUCGUCACAUGAGAGUCUCUGCCUUGCAUUUGGAAAAUCAAACACUGGGUGGCACUCUCGGACCAUCAUUGGGAAAUCUAACAUUUAUCAGAAGACUAAAGCUUAGAAAUGUUAAUUUGCAUGGUGAAAUUCCAAGUCAGGUUGGUCGUUUAAAGCGAUUGCAUCUUCUUGACUUAAGCGACAACAAUCUUCAUGGUGAGGUUCCUAUGGAACUCUCUAACUGCACGACCAUCAAGGGAAUUUUUUUAGGAAUCAAUCGACUCACCGGAAGAAUUCCGAAAUGGUUUGGGUCAAUGAUGCAACUUACUCAACUGAAUCUCGUUGCCAAUAAUCUAGUUGGUACUAUUCCAUCAUCCAUGGGAAAUGUUUCAUCACUCCAAAAUAUAUCACUUGGACAAAAUCACUUGAAAGGAAGAAUACCUUGUUCUUUGGGUAUGUUGUCAAGUUUGAAAAUGUUGAUUCUACAUUCAAAUAAUUUGUCAGGUGAAAUUCCUCAUUCUCUUUACAACCUAUCAAAUAUUCAAGUUUUUGAUCUUGGGUUAAACAACUUAUCCGGUAGUCUUCCAACCAAUCUGAAUCUUGUUUUUCCCAAUCUUAUAGCAUUCCUAGUAUCAACCAACCAAAUAAGCGGACCUUUUCCGUUUUCAGUAUCCAACCUCACUGAAUUGAAAAUGUUUGAUAUAUCAUAUAAUAGUUUGCAUGGGACAAUACCUCUUACUUUGGGUCGAUUAAAUAAACUUGAAUGGUUUAAUAUUGGAGGAGUUAAUUUUGGGAAUGGAGGAGCUCACGAUUUGGAUUUUCUUUCAUCGUUAACCAACUGUACACAAUUGUCAAUGAUCUAUCUUUUUAACAAUAAUUUUGGUGGUGUUUUGCCGAACCUUAUAGGAAACUUUUCCACUCAUCUUCGUUUGCUUCAUAUGGAGUCUAAUCAAAUACAUGGAGUGAUACCUGAAACAAUUGGACAACUAAUCGAUUUAACAGUCUUGGAAAUUUCAAACAAUUUAUUUGAGGGAACAAUUCCUGAAUCAAUUGGAAAGCUUAAGAAUCUAGGAAUAUUGGGCUUGGAUGGUAACAAAUUAUCUGGUAAAAUUCCUAUAGUCAUUGGCAAUCUUACAGUCUUGUCUGAACUAGGUCUAUCUAGUAAUAAAUUGGAAGGAAGCAUUCCAUUUACCAUAAGAAAUUGCACCAAAUUGCAGAAAUUAUAUUUUUAUAGUAACAACUUGAGUGGUGAUAUUCCCAAUCAAACAUUUGGCUAUCUAGAUGGUUUAAUAUAUCUUGGCUUAGCCAAUAAUUCCUUGACCGGUCCCAUUCCUUCAGAGUUUGGUAACUUGAAACAACUUUCACAAUUGUAUCUAGGCUUAAAUAAGUUGUCUGGUGAAAUUCCUAGGGAACUAGCUUCUUGCUUGGCAUUGACAGUACUUGGAUUGGGGGGAAACUUCUUUCAUGGAAGUAUACCUUUGUUCUUGGGUUCCUCUUUAAGGUCCCUUGAAAUCUUAGACCUUUCUGGCAAUAAUUUUUCAAGCAUAAUCCCCUCUGAACUAGAAAAUCUAACAUUUUUGAAUACUUUGGACUUGUCUUUUAACAAUCUUUAUGGUGAGGUUCCCACAAGAGGUGUCUUCAGCAAGAUCUCCGCAAUUUCACUAACUGGAAACAAGAACCUUUGUGGAGGAAUACCUCAAUUGAAACUUCCUCCAUGUCUUAAGGUACCUGCCAAGAAGCACAAAAGAACUCCAAAAAAGAAACUUAUCCUCAUCAGUGUAAUUGGUGGGGUUGUGAUCUCUGUCAUAGCUUUUACAAUCGUUCACUUUCUCACGAGAAAGCCCAAAAGGUUAUCUUCUUCACCAUCUUUGAUAAACGGGAGCUUGAGGGUUACUUAUGGAGAGCUACAUGAAGCAACCAAUGGAUUUUCUUCAUCCAAUUUGGUCGGUACAGGAAGCUUCGGUUCUGUUUACAAAGGAUCUAUUCUCUACUUUGAAAAACCUAUUGCUGUAAAGGUGUUGAAUCUUGAAACACGUGGAGCAGCAAAGAGUUUCAUUGCGGAAUGCAAUGCUUUAGGAAAGAUGAAGCACCGUAAUCUUGUCAAAAUCCUAACUUGUUGUUCAAGUGUUGAUUAUAAUGGUGAAGAUUUUAAGGCCAUUGUUUUUGAGUUCAUGCCUAGUGGGAAUCUGGAAAACCUGUUGCAUGGUAACGAAGAUCAUGAGUCUAGAAAUCUGAAUCUCAAUUUCACACAAAGGUUAGACAUUGCUCUCGACGUAGCUCAUGCAUUGGAUUAUCUUCACAAUGAUACAGAGCAAGUUGUAGUUCAUUGUGAUGUUAAGCCAAGCAAUGUUCUUCUUGAUGAUGACGGUGUGGCCCACUUAGGAGACUUUGGCUUAGCUAGGUUCCUCCAUGGAGCUACAGAAUAUUCAAGUAAAAAUCAAGUUAUUUCCUCCACAAUUAAAGGAACUAUAGGAUAUAUUCCUCCUGAGAAUGGAUCAGGUGGUAUGGUAUCACCACAGGGAGAUAUCUAUAGCUAUGGAAUUCUUCUGUUAGAGAUGCUUACUGGAAAGAGACCAACAGAUAACAUCUUUUGUGAGAAUCUAAGCUUACACAAAUUUUGUAAGAUGAAAAUUCCAGAAGGAAUUCUUGAUAUAGUGGAUCCAUGCUUGCUUGUGUCAUUUGUUGAAGAUCAAACAAAGGUUGUGGAAAGUAGCAUAAAGGAGUGUCUAGUGAUGUUUGCUAAUAUAGGAAUUGCAUGUUCUGAAGAAUUCCCUACUCAGAGAAUGCUCACAAAAGAUAUUAUAGUGAAGUUGCUUGAAAUUAAACAGAAAUUACCGUGCUAGGAACUAUUACUACUUUGAUAAGAAAAUAAUGGUGUCUACCUUGAUGGACAAAUCUUGUAUUCCUUACGUGUGUUUUUAGUUUUGUUAUUUUGUACUAUGUCAAUUCCUAUCUGUGUAGUUGGUUACAUUAUAUUUAUACAUAUGGUAUUUG